AUGAGCACCCACCAUCAUAACAAAGAGAACUCUGACGACGCACGAACAGAAAAAGAAAUCGAUGAGUCGACUGCUCGUUUGCUGCGGUCAACCAGCGUUGACCGUUUCGGUCCAGUCGUUGUGGUUGGCCUCACAGUUCCAUCGGUCGGCUUCGGAAAGCUCUCUCUUACAACGGAACCGUUCCACCAUAUAGACAAGAUACCGGAUAUUGCUCCAAUGGAGUUAAAGAUCGAAGAAGGACUACCCAGAAUGAACCUCACCGACAGCGACAAGAAUCUGUUUCUCAAGUUUAGAUCUCCCGAAGUGACAUGCCAAGUUGCAGUAACUUUGGAAAAGAACCCGGUAGAAGAACCAUCGACGCUGACCGACUGGGAAGUCAUUAUUGUUCAAGUUGUCAACGAAAACGAGGAAAUACACGCAUAUGGAGCAGCUAGAGAUUCCGAAGAAGUCGAUUUUAUGUUGAAUCAAUACUUUCAGGUCGACGGACGAUCUUAUGAGGCACCAAUACUCGACGUCGACGGCCGAACGUGCACGUGCAACAUGAAGGAUCCGGCCUACAGCAGUACGGCACGCCAACCGUUCGACAUCCAAGUCGUUCUCGAUAAAAAAUUUCUCUUUGGGAAACUGAGCUGCAGAGACCGUAUAGAAAGCAUGGCACGUGUCUCGUUCCGUCCGCGAUCCGAGACAGAUCCCGACAUGCGUAGUUUCUUUAGUAAACACUCGAACUUACUGACGGCAGACGAAUACUAUCUCAACAGGAUCGAGAAGAGGUCGUCCAUGUUCACGUACCUGACCAUCUACAAUACAAAUUCUCGAGAGGUGUACACACCCAUGGCGGUGCAGUGGUUCUUUGAUUGUAAGUUGAGGCGAGUGACGGGCACGGACGAAUUCGAGUGGUACGAGACGUCGUGUAAUCAGCUCUCGCCUGUUGCUUGGACGGAGUCGCGACCGUUCGGUUUUCCGUACCUGUCCAGUCGUAUUCUCGAGCGACACGAGCUGCGGUGCUCUUCGAGUUCCGACGGUCGCUUGUGUAAGGGAUAUGCGACAUUCAAUAACAGCGUUCGUUUUGAAGCAAGAAUGAUAAAAUAAUUUUAUUGUGAGUCCUUAGUUGACACGUGGAUGGGACCAAAACGCUUAGUAUUAGCGAGAAGAAUUGCUUACAUAGUCUGACUACAGAGCAUUUUGAAGAUCUAGAUGAGUUUUUCGAUAUUGUUCUUUACUUAAUAAUGCCAGUCAAUUGUACACGUUGUAGUUACUAUACUAAUUACCGAUUCUAGUCAUAAAUCUAACGGGCGGGGACA